GGAAGCAUAUAAGCGUGGGACCGCGAGAGGCGCUUGUAAACAGAGAGCCGGGCCGGGAUGGUCGGCGGCCGGCCGGACGCGCUGUCAUCCAGGCGGGGUUGCGGCGGAAGCCGAGCCCUGGCCGGCAGCAGACGGCAGGCCCGGCAGGUGGAAGGAGAGAAGCAGCCGGCGGCCCGGGAAUUAAGGAUUGCCAUGGCAUUGUUCUGACAAGCACCUCCUGCUGUCUUUACUGAUGUCUUAAUGAAGAAUAAUCUCAAAGGAACAUUUGUCUCCCCAUUCCUCUGUUAAUUGCCAUUAGCUGCUAGCAGAUGCUUUUAAUGACCAGGAAAACAUCAGCCAUCCUUGUGCUUAGCCUCCUCCAAGCAGGCGAAUGAAGGUUUCUUCCAGUUGUUUCCAGAACUGUAUUUUUGAGGCACCUCUCAUUGUGGGGUGAAUGUUCACAAAGCCCUUUCCUCAACCAUCUUAGGAGGCAUAAGCCUCCGGGGGCCUGUGACAUGGAAGCUUUGGAAGUGGAUGAUAUCAGCCCGGCCUUGGAAGUUACUGAGGACUUCUUUAGUACUUUUGAUAGUAAGCUGGAGAAGGCUGUCCAGCAAGCAGAGGUUUAUGGGAUUCAGGAAGUCCCUGAACUGGUGGGACACGAGGUACUCAGUAACCUAACAGACAAUGGUGCCAUCAGAAAUGCUGCCUCCCUGGGCAAGGGGGGCAUGAUUUGGGACCACUGUGAGAGCGGGCUCCUAGAAACCAAAGCGCAGAAUGUCUUCCCUGCCAAAGAACAGUUUAUGGUCCAGAAAGGGACAACCCCAGAUAACCUUUCCUGGAUGGAACAAAAAGAAGCAUCAACUUUUAAUUUUUUCAACUUCUGUCAGCGUCGGAGGGACAGACCUCGUUCUGUGAAUGACUUGUUGGAUGAGACGUCUACUUUCAAGCCAGGACAUGCGCGAUCAAGGUCAGAUGUCACCCAGGUGGACUGGAGGGUAGUCCUCAAGCCCACACCUUUGCAGCAGCAGCCCGCUCUCCAGGGCCCUCCCUUCACCAGACCGUCCUUCCUGUCAUCCUCCCCAAAUAAGAUAGAAGAUGUUCAAGGAAAUACUGAACACAAGCAGGCGUUCCCAAACAUCCUGAAGAAGGGUUACCUGGAGGUGAGGAAGGACCACGACAAUUACUGGCAAAGCUGUUAUGCAGAACUCUCCCCAUACAACUUACACUUCUACAGCCUUGACAGCAGUGGGAAUCAAAACCUCUAUGCCACAUACCAGCUUGCACACUUCCAGAGCAUAUCUGUUUUGGGCAACCUGGAGGCCAGACUCGUGGAUACCGUUCUGUAUGACAACACCCAGCUACAGCUAAAGGCAGAGUCACCGUGGGAGGCUUUGGACUGGGGGCAGAAGCUUUGGGAGGUCGUGCAUGCUGCUGUUCCUGGCUAUCUGAGACGGCAGGAUGAGCUGGCAAACUCCCCAGGGCUCAGCCAUCAUGUCAACUGUACUCAGAAUCAUUGUUUACAGAAUAAAUCCAGUGGGCUGCUCGCACCAUCCCCUGUCUCGGAGAGCCCCAAACAGUACCAAAACAUCCUCAAGUCAGGGACACUCUACAGGCUAACUGUCCAAAACAACUGGAAGGCAUUUACCUUUGUGUUGAGCAGGGCCUACCUUAUGGCUUUUCAGCCUGGCAAGCUAGAUGAGGAUCCCCUGCUCAGCUACAAUGUGGACGUGUGUCUGGCUGUCCAGAUGGACAACCUGGAUGACUGUGACUCUUGUUUUCAAGUUAUUUUCCCCCAAGAUGUCCUCCGCCUCCGUGCUGAGACCCGGCAGAGGGCUCAGGAGUGGAUGGAGGCUCUGAAAACAGCUGCCAAUGUAGCGCGGAGCUCAGAACAAAACCUGCAAGUCACACUGAGGAGCAAACCCAUGGAUCAGAUGGGUGGGCAUGAGGUCAGGAAGAACAAACGUCAGUCUGUGACCACCAGCUUCCUCAGCAUUCUGACAACUUUAUCUUUGGAACGAGGACUCACUGCUCAGAGUUUCAAGUGUGCAGGAUGCCAGCGAUCCAUCGGCCUUUCCAACGGGAAAGCCAAGGUGUGCAAUUACAGCGGGUGGUACUACUGCAGUGGCUGCCACGUGGAUGACAGCUUUCUCAUCCCGGCGCGCAUAGUCCACAACUGGGACACGUCAAAAUAUAAGGUGUCUAAGCAGGCCAAAGAGUUUCUGGAGUACGUGUAUGAAGAGCCCCUGAUCGACAUCCAGCAGGAGAACCCCAUGCUGUACCGACACUCUGAGCCACUGGCCACUGUGGUGCGGCUGCGGCAGCGACUGAAGUCGCUACGGGCCUAUUUGUUCAGCUGCCGGGCAGCCGUGGCCGAGGAUCUGCGCCGCAGGGUCUUCCCCAGAGAAUACCUCUUUCAACAGAUCCACCUGUAUUCCCUCUCUGAUCUGCAGCAGAUCUCUAUUGGCUACAGACCUUGAACAUGACACUGCAAUUUCCUGGUGCCACACAUGAGUAAUAAGCAGCUGUUUCUGAAACUGUGGUUUGGAGAACGCAGCACUAGGUUAUUUUUUAACUUAAUUGUAAUUUUUGAUUGGUCUGCAAGAAAGUAAAUCAAAUAAAGUCUGUUGUCUUAUUCUGCAAGAAAGCCAUAGGCCUCAAAUUCCAAUGCUGACCAUCUUGACCAGAAUAGAAGAGGGGGAAAAAUGUGUGUAUCCCUGAGCUGGAAGUUCAACCAGGCAGCUUUCAUGGGCUGCCGUCACACCAGGGUAAGCAUAUUUGGUGUAUUUGUCAGCUCGCUGGGUCAUGGAAAGUGAUAUUUGGUAGUUCCCUGAGUUCUCGAAGUCCCUGACAUGACAGAGUAAGAAGAAUUUGUGGAGAGACUGCAAAAGUGAAAAACAGCAGAAUCGGGUAGAAGAUAUCAGCCUGAUGUUGCUUUUUGUCCUUAUCCUACCUUGCAAUAAAAAGGACACAUAAUUUGAAUUUAAAAUGAAAGUGUGAAUUCUUUGAAUACCCUGUCAGUAAAAUACCUCUGAAACAGUCGUAUAUGUACACCCUCCAAGUAAAUAAAUCAGACUAGUACCUUCCUUUCUAGUACAAGAAAUUAAGUUUAAUGGAAAGCAGAAACUCUUUACCCUGUUUUGUACAUCUGCCUUUUCUCAGGGAGAUAGGGCAAUUUGGUGUAUGGAGAAGGUGAAGAAGGUUGAGUGCAGGGGGCUGAGGAGAUGGGAGAAGAGCUACAUGUAUUCUCUGCUAAUUACUUUGUCAUGAUUUUGUUCACGUAGACAGGCACUUUGGGAAAAAUAAAUGGAGAGAUAACUAAACCUCAUCUUCGAGGUCUGUUUCACCAUCACUCAUGACAUAUCCAAAUGACCACCUGGUUAACCAGAACUACCAGCCUUCUUAAUGCUAAAGAUGAGAUGGCCUUGUGGCUUUUGAUGGAUUGUUAUAAAGUUAUAGUAACCUGUGACUAACUUAAUUACAAGUAGGAAAAGAUUAAGACAAUUUCCAAGGGUGGCUAAGGGAUUAUCUUACAUAAGUGAUUCAAAUCAAGUCGGAAAUAUGUUAAAUGUCUUCCCCCAGCAUUUUCACAGGCAGAAAUAAGUAUGCCCUGUACAAGGCCAGUUCUGUUAUUUACAGCAGUAUUGAGGGAAAUGGAUGCGACUGCUUUACAUUAAUUUUUAUUAAGCCCAUCCAAACAGGACAAUUUGAUGCCUUUUAAAAAUGACAUUUUUUUUAAAAAGACAUAUGAACGUUUUUUCCUUCUCCCUAUUGUAAAUCUCAAGUGUUUGAAAGAAGGAAUGAGUCUAAAUCAUGUAUAGUUUCAAUUCAGAUUAAGAUAAUUAAUAAUAAGUUAUUAUUUAUUGGUCACUUGCUCUAAGUUAGACAUUAUGUUCAGUGGCUUCCUUAUAAUAAAUCUGAUCCUUCCCUCAACCCUGCAAGGUAGAUAUUAUUCUAAUUUUUCAGUUGAGGAAACUGAGGCUCGAGAGGUUAAGCAACCUGCCAAAGUCUCACAGCUGGAAAACAGAUGCACUAAAAUUCAUACUCAGAUCAACCUUGCUUUUCCCACUCUACCCCACUGCUUCCCAAUACCCAGAGACAGCUAAUUCUGAGGGAGUAUCAAGAGCUCUGUAAUGUCAGCCUCUCUGGGAGACUCCCUAAUGACUCAAACUACCAUGCACCAGAAAAUACACCCAACUUGUCAAGAAGCAAAACUAUAGUGGUUAGAUUUUUUUUUUUUAACAAGCUUUGGCUUUUUAUUAAGGAAGCACCCUUGUGAUUUCCUUUGUCCUGAUCAGUCCUGGCUUACUCUCAAUGAUAUUAGAAUCCCUGGAUGAACUGUAGCCCGGAUAGACAGUUUGUAGGACUUUGCCCCAUGAACAGCCCUGCUGAGGACCACUGUCACUCUGGAGAGGCACCCCACUUCAGGGGUGACAUAGCAAGAAUUUGCACGUCUGACUUCCCUCAAGCUGUGUGCUUACUGGCCAGCUUAUUGGCUUGGUGGCUGUUUCACUUUGCCCUUCCCAGAGUCAUUUCCCAGGUCCUUUGGCGUUCUGGCAGCUCUUUCCUACUCUUGUUCGGAGUGGGAGCCUGAAGGGGGCAGGCUCCUCGGCCUUUGGACUUCUCUGAGGCCACCAUCUUCCUAGUGUCUGUGGAAUGUAGCCCUAAUCUUAAGCCCCCACCAAGAUGGCUAGGAAGUGGGAGUGAAAGUUGACUUGGGGGCAGGAGAAGAUGGUGGGAGGCAGGACGCUUGAUUUCCGUUUAAGCAGUUAUCCAAAGUAACGAUACAUCUGAUUUUCAAAAAGAACCCCAGGAAAUGUUACAUCUGGAUCCUACUGCUUUGCGGUGAUGAAACCGCUCGACCAGAAGCCAGAAUAGCCAGAUUCUGUUCCCAGGGCUACUAGCUGCUGUAUUCAAAGACAAGAUUCAAGCCUCCUCAAUAUAUCUUUACUCCUAGAAAAUUACAAGUAGAAAGUUUUCCUUUUUAUAAUGUUAAGGAAAUGUUUUAAAUUCUAAAAUAAACUAAUAGAAUAUUACCUCACUUUUCUGGAGGGAAAACUCAGCAACUUCAGCCCUUUGAAACAUGGCCAUGACCCUGAGCUGACAAAUAGAAAGAGCAAUUAAUCAUGUGUAAAGAAGCAAAAAAAAGAGUUCCUGAAUAGCUGAGCUGCCACCAGGUCCAGGCACACUUUAAGCUACUCCCUCAUCACAUGGCAAAAUGAUUGAAAAUGUUUGUAACACAAAGACAACCCUAAGAUACGACUUGCAGCCAAGGAAAAGGAUAGGAAAAUAUCUUUGGUCAGUCAGCAAGAACUUAGGUGCCUGGUAGGGAGGGGAUAUUUAAGACAGGUAUGAGACUCAGGCUUUGCCUUCAAGCAAUUUACAUUCUCUUGGGUUGCUCCAUCUAAAAUUGCCAUUUUUAUAGGUAAAACCACCAUUUUAUAGGUAGUAUCACCAUUUUAUAUGUUCAGUCUACAGCUGGAUAAGCAAAACAAUCACAUGUUAAACAUUAGCAAAGAGUACAAAACAGCAUCAAGAUCUAUAUUAAAUUACAUGACAUACAAGUAAAUCAUAUGAAAUUCAGAGAUCCCUAACAGCUGAAGUGCCCAAGAAGGGUUUUCAGAUCAAGCUGAAUAGGUCUGAGCCAUGAGGCCUAGGUGAGAUUUUCAAAAGUAUUAAGAAAAGAAGUGAAACUUCAGACAGAGGAUAUGAUGUGGGUGAAGGCACAAGAGCGAGAGUCAGCAUAUUCUUCCCGGGAAAAAGUCGGCUCACAGCAGAAGAUCCACAGUAAGAAAUGGAAAAUGAGUUUAGAUGAUAGUGUGGAAUCAGCUUAUGGAGACACUCGCACACCAGGCAAAAUAUAAGUUCCAGUUUUGUCCAGUUCACUCUUAUAUCGUGAAUCUGGGACAUAAUAACUCAAUAUGACUUUAUGAAAUGAAUGAGUGAAGAGUUUUUACUAAUGAUAAGAAUUCACCCAAGUUUGAGGGAAGAGAUAAUACAUGAUGAAAGUAGUGUCUAAAACUGAUUAUCUUAUAUAUUGAAUGGGUCAAAGGAAAAAGACUAGCAUCUGGAAAUGAAACGAGAAGGUUAAUUUAUUAAUCUAAAGAGGGGUGAUGAGAGCCAGGGACAACAUGGGAAAAAGAAACUUAUUUCAGAUUUAAAAGAGUAUCAACCUGAACCCUGAAACCAUCUGCUGUGUGAAAGGAACCAGUCACAAAAGACCACAUAUUGUAUGAUUCCAUUUAUAUGAAAUGUCCAGAGUAGGUAAAUCUAUAGGGACGUAAAGUAGAUUAUUGGUUGCCUUGGGCUUAGAGGGUAGGUUAGUUUGGGGAAGGGAGUAAUUGCUAAAGGAUACAAGGUUUUUUGGAAGAGGUGACAAAAUAUUCUAAAACUGAUUGUGGUGAUGGUACAUAACUCUGUGAAUAAACUAAAAACCUUUUAAUUGUAGACUCUAAAUAGGUGAAUUGCAUGGUAUGUGAAUUAUGUCUCAAUAAAGUUAUUUUAAAAGAGAGAUCAUCAAUAAAAUGUGGUGAAUGACAAUAUAUAUGUGUUUGAUGGAGAAAGUGAGUCAUUCAUUACAGACUCUAUAAUUUCCAGUUUGAUUCUCAUUGAAAUAACAAGAAUAUCCACAAACUGUCAUUACUUAAUAUUGUUUUAUGAGUGCUGGACAAUGCAGUAAGACAUGAAACAUAAACAAGAGGUACAAUAUUAGCAAGGAAGGGAUCGGGUCAUUACUUUCAGGAAACGCAAAAGAAUCACCUAAAAAUGAUCCACAUUCAAGAAAAUUCAGUAAUAUAUCAUACAUAAAGAUGUACCCAAAUGUCAGUAUAUUCUAAUAUACCAGCAAUAGUGAAUAAAAAGUAUUAUACAGCAGUUUCACCUGGAAAUAACCUAAAUAAAUAGUGUGUGUGCCUUAUACAAGGGGGAAAAAACAGAUUUUUAUUAAGCAAUAAUAAAUGAAGAUUUAAUAAAAUGGAAAUAUAGAUCAGGUUCUUUGAUAGGGAAACUAUUAUAAAGCUAUCAAUCCCCAAAUAAAUUUUUUAAAGUUUAUUGAAGUCCCUAGACAGGAAUAAAUAUACAUUGCUGGUAAGGGGUAUUUCAGUGUAUAUUUCAAAAGCCUUCAAAAUGUUUAUAUCUUUUGUUUCAAGGAAAUCUAGAUAGAGAAGAAGUUUUAUGCAGUAGAUGCCCAGUCUGCUCCUUUAGAGCCAGGUGAUGGCUCUCCUGUCUUCCUCAGGGUCCCACCACCCUCAGUUCCUUCAAACGGCCUUUCAUCACCUGGUUUCCAGACUUUCCUAUCCCUGAUGUUUUCCCCUAAAUGGACUGUAGUUAGUUAGUGUCUCUCUGUAAAUGUGUCAUUAACCUUGGUUGUUUAGAGAACAGUAACAUAAGUAAACCAAACUCAGCUGAAGUAUCAUUACCACAAUUUAGAAACAUCCCUGUGAUGCACUGGAAAGUAUUUACUGGUGGUUGGAAAUAUGAUUUAGUAGUGGUUAUUUCUUAGAAAGUAUGUAUAAUGUGUUGAUAUUAGGAGUGUGCUUUAGUAGGGUUUAUCAAAGUUAAUGGUCCUUGAGGAAACAUAAAUAAGAGAAGGUCUAUCUAUGGCUUUCUAAAGGUAACAGAGAGGAGGAGAAAUUAAAGAAUGGUGAAAUACGUACUUUCUUGACUCAAACAGCCAGUAUAAUUUCCACCCCCUUUAUUAAGAAAAAUCCACUCUUAUACAGGAGUAAACCUGAUUUUUCUGCUCAGUUUCUGCAUCUAAUGCAAAAAUAAUACAUUUUUAAAAAUUAAAAAAACCUGUAUAUAUAAUGAAUACUUGCUUUUCCAACUUGUUUCCUUCCCUAGAGUUAACUACUAUUAUAUUCAUUUUUAAAAGGUCAUGAGAUUAUUUGGUGAUGUUUAGAAAACACUUUAGUUUUAAUCUCCAGUAUUAUGUAUAGCUUCAUUUUUUUGCAGAAUUCAUUCGUACAUUCCUUGUUGUCUUUAUUUUUGUAUUAUCAGUUACUUCUAUUUAUUUACCUUGGCAUUGUCAUUUCUCUUUAGGUAUGAUUUAGUACAUUUCCCACAAAUACCAUUUUUGUGUAAAAUGUCAUCUUAAUUAUGUGUUCAUUUGAAAGUAUCCAGCUAUUUCCAGUUAUUUCCAACUAUAUCCAAAUUAAUUUAAUCUUUUCUUAUGUAUAAUCAGCAUGUAUAUAUGCAUAUGCAUUAAUGAGAGAAAUAAAGGCAGAUUUUAUUUUGUUAGUAUAUGAAUUGCUGAAGUCUUUGAGGCCCAUGCCAUAUUAGUUAAGUGAGGAGGGAUCUGACUGACUAUUGGUUCCCAACUCAUGGGUGUUUGCAGGUUAACUGGUGAGGUAACCACGGGAGGCAGGGAGAUGCAGGACACCAGGGCCUAGUGGAGACACCUGUCAACUGGGAGCAUGCGCCUCAGCAGGAGCCAGCAGCCCCUGCUCACAGCCAGGAUCAUCGUCAUGUUGAAAUUCGGGCCUACUUUUGCCAGAUCUAAUGAUUUUUCAAAAGAAGCCAAAAGUCUGAAUUUUUAUGUGAAAUCUCCCAAUUAUUAAAUUGGCUCAUUUUUUAAACAGUAGAAGGUUUUUUAAAUCCUCAAAUUGGAUACGGCCCUCAGACUGCCAAACUGCAACUUCUUUAUAUCAAUAUACCUAUCAGCAGCAAAAG